AUGAAUCACAAACCUUUGGUGUCUGAAAAUGAAGGUCCAACUUCGGCUGGUAAUUCAACUCCAGCAACAACAACAGCUAUCAAUACAGCAGCAGCAGCAUCAACAUCAGCAUCAACUACUCAAUCAACAGCAACAAAACAAAUUUUAAAUUCAUUGAUUUUGGAUUUCUUACAAAAACAACAGUUGGUUGAAACUGCUAAAGUAUUCACCAGAGAAAUCCCCAAUCUAUCAAAUGUACCUCCUACAAUGGAUUGUCCUCAAGGAUUUUUAUUUGAAUGGUGGCUGAUUUUUUUCGAUUUAUUCAAAGUUAAAUACGGUGAUUCUUCAAAUAUGAAUAAAUCAAAUCUUCCCUAUUAUGAAUACUAUAAAUUACAACAAAUGCAGAAACAACAACAACUUCAAAUGCAUCCUCAGCCCCUUCAUCUCCAACAACAACAACAACUUCAACAACAUCAACCUCAAUCACAGCAACAACAGCAUCCACCUUCUGCUCAACAACAGGGUCCUCAUCCACCCAAUCAACAACAACAACCACAACCACAACCAGUUCCACAACAACAGAUUACUCCCCAACAUCAACAAGGACCACAUGUUCAACAACUAGUCCCUCCACAACAAGGACCACCUCAGCAGCAACAACAACAACAACAACAACCAGGACAUUUAAGUCAACAAAAUACUCCACAACCACCUGGUUCAGCGAAUAGUGCCAAUUUCCCAAUGAAUAUGCAACAAAAUCAUCCCCAACAACAAAUGUUUCCUAUGAAUCAACAACAAUUCCAACAAAUGCCAAAUGGUGGUCAACAUCAACCAACUAUGGAGCAACAACAAAGAAUGGCAAUGAUGAUGAAACAACAAGCUUUAGCAGCACAAAGACAGCACCAAAUGCCAAUGAAUGGCAUGGACCAACAACAACAAGCUGCUCACCAACAACAAAUGAUGAAUGCUGCAGCCGCAGCAGCAGCGGGAGGCGGGGCUGCCACUGGUGCUGGUGCUGGUGGUCCAGCAAAUUUAAACUUGCAACAACAAAUGUUUUUGCAACAGCAACAACAAGCUGGACAACCAAAAAAUUUCCAACAACAAGCUCAAAAUCAAAUGAACAAUUUACGUCAACAAGCAGCAAUGGCAGCACAACAACAAGCUCAAGCUCAACAAGUUCAUUUACAAUCCAAUUUGGCAUCUGUUGCUGGAAAUGAUUCUUCGAAGAAUAAUUCUCCUGUUGGAAGUGGAAAUAGAUCCAAUCAGCAACCAACCCCACAAUUAGGUUCAGCCCCACCACCAGGUCCCCAACAGCAAGGACCACAAGGACAAGGACAACAAAAUUUCCCACAGUCUAUGAAUGGUUUACCAAAUCAAGGUAUGACUCCACCAAUGAAUAAAUUAAAUGGACCUCAAAAGAAAAAUACUCCUGGACCAAAUAAUAGUAAUAAUAAUAAUAACAGUAGUAGUGGUAUGACUACUGGUAGAAACAAUAAUGAUUUACAAGAUUAUCAAAAUCAAUUAAUGUUGUUGGAAAAACAAAAUAAAAAGAGAUUAGAAAUUGCAAGAAGUACCGGGAAUUCUGAUCCAAACUUGAUGAAUGCCUCCGGAAUGCUACUCCCAGGUCAAAAUCAACAAGGUCAAUCCCAGUCACAAUCACAAUCACAGUCUCAUUCUCAACAACAUACUCCAAAUCAACAGCCGACACCUGCAACUUUCCACCCACCUGCUCCUGGUCAAUUUAAUCAAAAGCCAUCCCCAGCUCCAUCUAAUCAUUCUCCUGCAUUAACCAAUAAACCAUCCCCAGCAAUGGGCCAUAAGAAACCAAAGAAGGAAACUGCCAAAAAGGGUAGAAAAGCAAGUGCAACUGGUCAAGCGACACCAUCUACAUCACAACCUACAAGUGCUGGCACUGAGCAAAAUAUUCAACAACAUGUUCAACCACCUCCCGAACAAACACAUCCUUCAUCUCAACAAGAUCAACGUACAGCAUCUAAUACUCCAAGUCUAGCCAAGAAAGAAUUUCAGCCUUUAACUCCAAGAUCUGAACCAAUUACUGAAACAACUAAAAAGAAACGUAAAGGUAGUAAAAUUAGUGAAACUUCACCAAAGAAACAAAAUAAACCUGUUCCAAAUGCAAAUACCAAUGGUAAUAGUAAAUUAGAUAGUGUUAUUAAAGAAGAGACUGAAAUUACAUUGAAAAAGGAUGAAUCCGAUUUAGAGUUAAAUCCACCACCUGCACCUACACAAACUGCUAUGUCUGGAGCAUUUAAUGAUGCUACUGAUCAAAUAUUUGAUGUUAAUUUAUUAGAUAGUGGACAUAAUCAAAAUGGUAAUCAUAGUUCAAAUAAUAGUCAUAAUGGUGGCACAGGAAGUACCUCUGGAGGAGGACCAAAUGGAGGAGGAACAGGAGGAGUCUUUGGUGAUUCUAAUCAAGGAUUUGAUGAUAUUAAUUUUAAUAUUGAUGAUAUUUGGAAUGGCACAGGUGCUGGCGAUGUUGAUGGAUCAUUAAACGAUAGUUUUAAUGCUAUUAAUUGGAAUGUUGAUGCCAUUGAAGGCGGUGAUUAA